GCCACAAGCUGUUGGGAAAGGAGGGACUUGGAGGAUGCUUAAAUAGCAGGCAUGCUUUCUCUAGUCAGUCAGCAGCUGAUCCAGCUUCCAGUCACCAUGAAGGCUCUCCUGACUCUGGGGCUCCUCCUGCUUUCUGUCACUGUCCAGGCCAAGGUCUAUGAACGCUGUGAGUUGGCCAGAAUCCUCAAAAAUAAUGGGAUGGCUGGCUACUAUGGGAUCAGCCUGGGAAACUGGGUGUGUUUAGCUCAGUACGAGAGCAAUUAUAACACAAGCACUAUAAAGUACAACCCUGGAAGCAAAAGCAGGGACUAUGGGAUAUUUCAGAUCAACAGCCGAUACUGGUGUAAUGACAGCAAAACCCCAGGAUCAGUGAAUGCUUGUGGAAUGCCCUGCAGCGCUCUGCUGCAGGAUGACAUCACUCAGGCCAUAAAAUGUGUGAAGAGGGUUGCGAGGGAUCCCCAAAGCCUUCGAGCAUGGGUAGAAUGGCGUAUAUACUGCCAAAACCGAGAUCUGUCCCAGUUUAUUUGGAACUGCGGAGUCUGACCACUGUGUGCUUGUACUGCAGCUCAUUCUGUCUCUCUCUCACUAUAGGAGUAGGUAUGGGAAAGGUCACACUUCCUCACUUUCCCCUCAAACUAACAGGACUUCAGCAGAAACAGGACAAAAUGGGGACUUCUUCCUAAGGGGCUUAAGCUGAUACUGUGUUCCCUGUGUUGUGCAAA